ACUUUCAACUACUGCUGUUCUAUUGGGAAGAGACCGACUUACAGACGAGAAUUUCUUAUCUAAGGGGGGUCCGCUAUUUGUGCAAGUUGGUAUUUUGAAGACAAAGUUAUUCGAACUACCAGGUGACGGAUGUAAUAAUCUUAUUAUAAACAACACUAUAAUAUCUUGAACUGAAACCGGGCUCUCAAACAACAGAAUCGUAAAACUUGACUUCUGUGCUGAUACGAAUCAGUUUCGUUGGGGUACUAAUUCCUUGCGUGAAAUUGCUUGAGGACCGAGUGCUCCACCAUUCCAAAUACUACGAAAAAUGUCAGCGAAACCACCUUUUUUCAUUCCGAAUCCAGACCUGCGAUUCAAAUUAUUUGCCCUGUUUUUGUUAACUUCAUUUACCCUAUGUCCUGUCAAUUCCCGUCCUUCGACAUCAGCAGCCAGUCCUCAUCAUCGCCAUGUUCACCAUGAAAACACAGACAUAGUGCCUCAACAGUCGGAAGAUAUGGGUAAUGAAAACCAAGAGAUAAUUAUUCCUGAAAUAGAAGUACCCGAAGAAGAUGAAUUUGAAGGCGUCAACAAUGAACCAGCUGAUGCUGAAGAUUAUCCUCAGCAAGGCAUGUUCGCUAUACCAAUGGCCGAUGCUGCGGGUAACAAUGGCGGUCGCAAAGGGGAAGCAAAACAUCCGAAAUCAUAUCAUAACAACGGAAAGAGUGGAAGAAGAAACGGUGUGGAUCACCAUUCCGUAGCGAAACCCGUACAAGAGGUGAACGACACCAAUGAAGAAAUACCGGAGGACCUGCACCUAGAGGAGCUCAACAGGUCCCUCAGCAACGGAAACGCAUCCAACAUGACAGCAAGUGAGGAAAACUAUAUCAAGCUGUCGAAAAAUAACAGAGAAAGCCAAGAAUUCGACCAAGCCGACAGGAACAAGGUACUUCGUAUCAAUGAAAUCAAGGAGAGGAUACAGAAUUACCGUCUAGGAUCGAUAAUAGUUGACCCCAGACCUACUAAUGUGCCAAUUGAUGAACUGGUAAAAUUGGUGAACCUGAACAUCACCCAUCCAUCGCCAAUAGAUGCAUAUCCCAUGAAGAGACGAAGUUCUCAUCCACUGUGCACUCUUCCAAAUAACACCGACGUCGAUCUGUGGGUUAACGGGAACUCCAUGAACCUCCUGUUCAACCUGACCUACCCUGCCCAACAGAAUACAACUGUCACCAUCAUUGCAGCCACUCUGCGUCUCUACAAGUUUGCUCAGGGCAAUCACACACUCAUGGCGUACUCCUGCAAACCUGCCAUUGCCUCGCCCAACAGUCCCGAUCAUGAAAAUGAAGACGAACAAGAACAAGAACAAGAACCUCAAGGAGACAACCCUGUUCUUCUGGAAGCUCCUGAGCUUCCAGCGACACCAGGGACAGUCAUGACAGAUGAUGACAAGCAAUUACGUGUGUCUGUGUAUUGGUACACACGCUCCCUGAAGAAGAAUAAAGUGAAGCGGAAGUUGCUGGACUCGAGAAUGCUGCCGGUCUAUGGAAAGGGCGGUUGGAUCGAGUUCAACGUGAGACCUGCCGUUCGUCAGUGGCGCCUGCUGGGCAAGAAUUUCGGACUUGUGGUCGAGGUAGAAAACGAGGACGGAGACCUGUUGAAGGCAGCGGAUUAUUUCACCGCCAUGAACUGCUCUAAUGAGGCAUCGACAUCCCGGCCGCUCCCCAGAGUUCUUCUGCAAGCAGCACAGUCCUACUUGGAAUCUAACUAUGCCUCAGCAAGAACAGGCUUCGAUAUAUCACCCAUCAUCGCUAGUGGACCAGAAUUCACCUACACGAACCCCAUCAGCAAUAACUUUCCAGACACCGCGGGAAGAAAGAGAGAAGCCGGCCUCGGAGAUCAAGAUGCUCCCAGGAGGACUGUUAACUCCCCGUAUAUUUAUUCGUUUCUGUUUCCCGUGAUCGACUUGUGUACCAUUGAAGUCCCGGCCCAAGAAGCCGCCAAUGCAGCCUUCCUUCAUCACGCACAAUACCUGCUAACACAACACUCGACAGCUUGCAAAAACGGAAACUUGCAGAAUCACACAGAUUUUCUGCUAAUGCAUGGAACCACAAUUCGUCCGGCCCAAAUUCAUCCGAUGACAGAAGAAACAAACAAGACUGGGGAUCUAGAUGUUAACAAUGGAACUGAAGAAUUCAAUAAUAUCGGCCACAUACAACACGAAGGCCACAGGAAGGAUCAUCGCCACAACGGCCAUCAUGCAGCUCGUCUCGAUGUUAUACCCGAAGAAACGUCCUCCCCCAUGCAAGAUUCGCCACGUGCUGUUAAGAUCCGGCACUCGAGACAUCAUCUGGACGAGAAACACAGGCCGAGGAAUCAAAGUGGCAACCAGCAAUUUGAAGAUACAAUGAAGAGACGAAUAACAAAUGGCGAAGAUGAGAAGGAGAGCGAGGAGUUCAAAGAACAAGUGACAUGGACAGAUGAAAACGGCCAUGAAUUCAGAAAGAAGAUCACAUUUCAGGAGGUAAUCCGUUCAGCGAAUCCUCUUGAUGCUAGCGCAUUACCACAACGAGAGAGCGACAGAUAAAAUACUACAUAAAGAUAACACAAGCAGGUCCAGCCAUGUUAAUCAUUUAUAAAAGGUCUAAUUUAGUUCGUAUGCAUACUGGCAUUUGUUCAAACAACAAAUGACGCAAAACUGAUAGGAAAAAAAAAACGGAUUUGAAUAAAAUACUUCUCAACAGCGUCUAUGAAUAUAAAAUAUAAUUAAUUUCAUUAAACUAGGAGUAUUAUAACAGCGAGGAAAUGACAAUGACAUUGGUUUGUCAACAAAAUAUCAAGGGCAUAGAAUCAAAGAUUCGCCUUGGGUUUAGGGUGAAGGGGUGUACAGACAGUUACGCUACAGUGCAGUGGAUUAUGUUCAGCAAAUACCUACACGAUAUUAUUUCGUAAGUCUAUAUAGUACUUCUUAGUUUAUUAUAUUAAGAAUUAAAAUGAGAAUGUAGUCACAGGGAUAGAAGUGGUACGGGAAUUAUAUGAGAUUCAUGAACUUGGGCUAUAUGACAUUGUAAAAUUCAUUAAAUAUAUCUGUAACGUCCAAAAACAGAUAAUAUAUGCCAUAUUCUGUAUCAUAUAACAAACACACCAACUGAACUUAAAACAGUUCAGUGAAACAGUGCCAGAAGACUGAUUAUCACCAUAGGAAGAAGUGCCUUAAAUAUGUGAACAAUGUCAAAGAGGCUUGGGUAAACUGUAGAAACUAUAUUCCUUAAAAGGGUGGUAAAGUUGCAAGUAACACGACCUAGACUUGACUGCACUAAAUAAAUCUGUAUGAUAAGUAAGUUUUUAAAAUGAUUUUUGUAGCGAUAUGAAGAUACAUGGAAAGUUUAUUAAGUCUAUGUAAGAAAUAACGUACCAAGACCCUAGUUUCUGAGUCAAUAAAAACAAAAGAAAUUUAUGACUGACAAUUUUCAAGUACAACUUCCACCAUCCAAAACAGUAUAUAUUCAAGUUCUAAACUGGGGUUAUUGGUGAAUUUCUUCUACCAAGAGAGAAGAAACAUCUACAUUGUUAUCGUUAGAGCUAUUACUUUAUGUAUAUACCGUACUUUGCAAGUAAUUAUUAUUAAUAUUAUUAUUAAAUUAUAUCUGUUAUUUUAAAUUGUUUUAUAAUAUAAACCCUAUGUUGAGGCUAUAAUAAAGGGAUGGUUUAUAUGAUAUUUCUCUCAAAGUAUCUGACUUUCUGAAUGGUUUUAGCAUAAAUGCAUUUUAGUUUGAAAAUUGGUCUUGUGUAAUUACAAGUAAUAACAUGCUGAAGUCAGCUUAUACCUUUAAGUGUAAGAUAUGUAAGGUCAAACAGUAGAACACAUCUAAGUGGAAGUUUACAAAUGUUCCUCUGUUAGGCAUGUACCAUCGUGUACAGAAGGUGAGAGCCACACUUUUUACCUUAACACAUUUGCUGCCAGGAGUCCAAAUGCCACUUUGAACCUGGGAAGCCAGGGGCAGUGACUUGAAAACACAAGUUAUUUCUAAUUGAAAAAAGAAUAUUUGCAGUAAAUUCAUUUUCAUGAUCAAUGUAUAGGGUCUGCUCUGAUUCCAUGAAGCUCCUUCUAAAGCCUUCGACAGUUUUGUGGCAAAUUAAUGAAGCCUCUUGAAGAGGAACUGGAAUAUGUUCAGGAUUCGUUGUAACAUUGUGGGCUGCUGCUAGAUCUAGUUAAUUUGGUACACUUGUAAUUUUUCUUCUUUUGCUGCAAAUGUGGUAAAUAACAAAUUCAUUUUAUCAUGUGUUGUACUGUGAAGAUUAUUUUGGCUGGAGUGUUCAGUGACUUGCAUGUAAGCUCAGUCAGACCUCUGAAACUGUUGGAUAAACCACACAUUGGUCAGAAAAAAAGAAACAUCCAUUGAAGGGCAUGUAAUCACUGAACACAGGCAAAAUAAAAAUCCUAAAUAUUAGCUAUAAGGUUAAAAGUUUCAGAAAUGUAUGCAAAUCUCACUUAACAGAAAACUGAUGGAAGUAAUGUUGUUAUGACAACAUUUUAUUUUAGACUGAAACAAAACAGUGAUGAUAAUAUGAAUGACUGAACUUGACUGUUGAUAAUACAUAAUUGUGGUUCUGAACUUAGAGACUAAAAAUGUUCUGUAGUUUAGAGAUUGGUAUUGAGAAGUACAAAACUCUGUAAAUAUUACACAACUGAUACAUAUAAGAAUAGUGUACUAGGUACUAUGUAAGAGGAAGUUAAGCAGAAUAUCUAUUAAUCACAGAAUUUGGAUUGUACAAGGCACUUCAGCUUUACAGUUUCUUGUCCAAUGAUUGUAAAUAACGUGUACAUUAUAAUUUUUGUACUUUUGCUCGUUUUCUAUAAUAAACGAGAGACAAUUAAUAAGA